AUGGCUUACGACGAAUCUGGCGGACGCAGUGCCGAUACAUUUCGGACAUCGCUGUAUGUGGUUUUGGUCAUUUGUUUCGGAACCAUCUUACAUCCCGAGCUGAAGGCGUUUUACAAGCGAGGUCACGGUGGGAUCAAAAACACCGUUUCCUUUAUCGACACCAUUUUUGCGACCAUUUUCUUGGCGGGCCUGCGCUUAGCGACGGCCCGCUCCAGAAAUGCCUCUGGCAGCGAAGGUCCAAGUGUCCCAGUCCUGGUGAAGCUGAGAUGGGCGGCGCCGCCCGGAAUCUUUGUUUUUCUUGUGAUCACACUGUCCACAUGGGCGAACUUCUUGAGCUACAAGGCCUUUGCUAUGUUGGGCCCCUGUGAGCUGAUCUUUGUUUGGAUCUUUGCCCGCUUCCUGCAAGCGGAAGAGAGGAGACUUCCUCUUUGCAGCGAUCUUCCAGCAGUUCUCCUGACGGCCCUCGGAAGCCUUUUUUUCAGCAUUGCUGAAGUAACAGGCCAGGGCAGCACCAACGUUGAGGCCAUUGUGGCCUCGCUGCUGUGCCGAGCAUGUCAGGCUCUCAUGACAGUUUCCCUGAGGAGCUGCUGCCUGGCUUUGAAGAGUGAAGAGGGCCAGCGUAGCGUGGGCAUUCUUGAAAUCACCGUCUGGAAGCUUCUUGUCACCUCCUUGCUUUGCCUGCCCUAUGCGCUGCUUACAGAGGGCUUUGCCUCCUGGUCGGCCAUUACGAGCAGAGAGCUUUGGGCAGACCCAGCAUCAGCGGCUCUGCUUAUCGGCAGUGUCUGCAUAACUACAGGCUUUCAGUUCACCACAGUGGGGGUGAAUGCUGGCCUCCGAAGUCCACUGGUGGCCGUUCUUCUAGGUACUCUUCAGCCAUUGACUGGCGUGGCCUUGGUGUUGGCCUUCAGCGGGUCACCCUUCUGCCAAGCCCUGGGCUUGAAGCCACGGAACUCACCGCUG